UGUGGAUUAUCGGGAGCAAACGCCUGGUCUCAUCAGUUAUCUACAAAUGUGUCAUCUGUCGUAGGCUUAGAGGAACAUUUCAGAUCCAAAAGAUGGCAGACUUGCCAGCUGACAGGCUCUCACCAAUGCCACCCUUCACCAAUGUCGGUCUUGAUGUUUUCGGUCCAUGGACUGUGUUGACACGUCGCACAAGAGGAGGCAGUGCAGACAGCAAACGGUGGGCAGUUCUUUUCACAUGCAUGUCAACAAGAGCUGUGCACAUCGAACUUGUUGAAUCAAUGUCCACAUCCAGCGUCAUUAAUGCAUUGAGAAGAUUUUUCUCUAUUCGUGGACCUGCAAAACUUCUCCGCUCAGACGGAGGUACUAAUUUUAUUGGUGCCUGUAAAGAAUUGAGUAUUGAUCACAGGGAUGCUACGCUGAACAGUUACCUUCAGGAAAAAGGCUGUACAUGGCAAUUUAAUCCCCCAUAUUCCUCACAUAUGGGUGGUUCAUGGGAAAGACUUAUUGGUGUUGCAAGACGAAUCUUGGAUGCAAUGCUUAUUCAGUCUGCACAUACUCGAGUCACACAUUGACUCGAGUAUGUAGUACUGAGUACCUUAAUGGCUGAGGUGAUGGCAAUAAUGAAUGCAAGACCAUUGGUGUCAUUGUCUACAGACCCCGACAUGCCAACUGUCCUUACACCAGCAAUGAUCUUGACUCAGAAGACGAGUGCUCUAUCAGCACCCUCCGGCACCUUUAACCCAACAGAGCUCCACACAAAACAAUGGAAACAGGUUCAGUGUCUUGCAGACGCCUUUUGGAAGAGAUGGAGGGGGGAAUACCUUGCCACUCUUCAGAAUCGAAGAAAAUGGACAGAGGACAAGCCCAACAUCAAAGUUGGAGACGUUGUUUUGCUCAAGGAUCACCAAGCUCACAGGAACAACUGGCCUGUAGGACUUGUUAUUAAGACAUUCCCCAGCAAAGGCAACAAGGUUCACAAGGCAGAAGUAAGGACAGGAAAAGAAGGGAGUGUGAAAGUGUUUCUGAGACCGAUAUCAGAGAUGGUUGUCCUUUUGUCUGAGGGACAAUAGAAAAUGGACAAUUUACAUGUUAAUGUUUGUAUCUCAUUCAUUGUCUGUUAGUGGUACAAUAGUAUUGUGCCAGGCGGGGAGUAUUCUGCCCUUUGUUUGAGUGCAAGUAGUUUUUUGUGUUCUGCAGUGCCCCCUCCUGAUCAUUCAACAGAAGUAGUUACAAAACAGGAAGUUUCCUCCAGAGCUAACCAGACAGAGUAGAGAGCUCAUGUGUCUGCUGCAGCUAUUUAUUUUCAACAUUGUUGCCUUGGACACUAUUUGUCUAUUAUGUGUUAGCGAUUUCUUUACACUAUAUGCAUCAUAUAUUUGCUGUGUAUUUGUUUUGAGGUGACUAAAUUGGUGACUAGCAUAGCUGCAACCUGUUAGCUGACCUGUUUUGCUUAGUGACACAGCAUUUUUAUUUCUUACAUAGUUAUGUCAGUGUAAUGAAUAUUGUUCAGAUUCUGAUUUCUGUUUGCAUUUGUGCUUUGUCGCAGUUUUACAGUAAAUGUGGAUCUUCAUGCAAAAACAUGCAAGAAAAGUUACGCCUUGUGUUUAUUGGAGGACUGCAGACUGUUGGCUAACUGUCUAGCUUUGGAUAAAGACUACUCAUUGCGAGGACAGUAUACUUAUCUUAUUUCUUGUGCUU